UUUCUUUUUUUUAAUUUUUUUUUUUUUUCUUGUAAGCAGGACAAUUAAUUAAUUUAACUUUUAACCCUUAAAAAAAUCAUCUACUGUUUUGACAACACGAUUCACCUUUAUCAUCAUCAUAUCUUCAUUAUCUAUUAGUUCAUAUCAAUUUGCUCAUAACUGAUCGUAUCAGUCGUGAAUUAAUAUCAUAACUACAUACAUACAUUCAUUCAUGUCAUCAAAUCAAUCUGAUAUAUCAUCUAAUGGUUCCAAUGAUCCAAACGCUAAUGCAAAUGCAAAUGUAAAUGUAAAUUCAUCCAUUAACAAUGAAGCCAAAUCUAAUCAGAAAUCAUCCAGAAAACCAAAGAUAAAUCCAUUGACUGCUUUACGUAGAUCUAAUUCCAUAUCAAAUGGUGUCUUACAACAUUCAAGAAAUCAAGGCAAAAGGGUAUCCUUUUCAAAUCUACAAGAUGGUAAUGAUCAAGUAACGGGAUCUCAUCAAGUACUAUCAUCAACCAGUUCUUCCCAAGCUUCGUCAGCAAAUUCAAGUGAUGAUGAGUAUCUACAUCUUCAAGGUGACCAUGAUGACGAUGAUGAAUUAGAUGACGACGAAUUGAAUACAACCAUAGUACCGCAUUUAACUACUCCAAAUUAUCAUAAAUCAGUUAAUACUCAUCAUCAUAAUCCAAAUCAUUCCUUAAAUUUUCAAUCUCAUUCCGCAAAAUUCACUACUUCAGUGACUCCUUCACCUCAAACUAUGUCACCAUGUGGUUCAGCUUUAUUAACUCCAACCACUUCAAAUAGUGGGUUUAAUAAUCCAAGUACUCUUAAAAAGAAAAAUUCUCUUAAGAAAGUCAUAUCAAAUACUAAUAAUUCAAAUAUAACAAAUCUUAAUAAUUUUGUUACUUUAUUAAAUAGUAAUCCACAUUAUUUAGGUGAAAAGUUAACCUUGACAAAAUCACUUGAUUCAACCAUUCUUGAUUCUUCAAAUUCUUCAAGUCAAUCAAAUUUACCUGAAUUUAAUAAACGUCCAUUAACAGAUACUCCAAUUGUCUCUAGCCUAGCUUCUCCUAUAACUCGUGAACAAACCAGUGAUGAAGAAGAAGCAGAUGAUGAAGAUGAUGAUUGUCAUGAUAAUGAUGGAAAACAAAAAAUUCAAAAAUCAGAAGAACAUCCUAAAUCAACUAAUAUUGAACAAUCAGAUUCUAUCACUUUAAAGAAAACUAAAAAUAUAUCUCAUUUGAAUUUAACUGAUUUAGUUGAAGGUGAACAAGAUAAGGAAAAGGGUCAAGAUGAUACUGAUAAAGAGGAACCAUUACAAGCUCCAACAUUCUUCAAAUCUAAUUCAACCAAUAAUAAAGCAAGUUCUAUAAGUCCAAUGACUUCAACCACUCCUCAAUUAAUCAUGACUCCACCAGUUAGACCUUCAACCACUAUUAAUGUAACUAAAUCACCCGAUCAAAAAUUAACCAUGAAUGCAGCUGUAAAAGCUCUUUUAUUACAAGAUUUACCAACUAAUUUACAAGAACAAUUUGAAAAGACUCCAUCCAUUGAAAAAUUAAAAAAUUUAUUAUUAACUAAACCUCCACCAUCAGCUAGAAAAACAUAUACUUUAAAUAUUCCAGGUCAAACUUCAUCCAAAACUUCUCCCGAUGGGAAAAUUGCUAAAGUUGAUAUUGGUUCAAAAUUAGUUAUUGUCAUGGUGGGUUUGCCCGCUAGAGGUAAGAGUUAUAUUACCAAUAAAUUAACUCGUUAUCUUAAUUGGUUACAACAUGAUUGUCGAGUAUUUAAUGUUGGUAAUACCAGAAGAAGAGAUAAGAAUAAUUCAGGUCCUGAAAAGAAACCAUUACCGGAUACUCAUACUCCGAAUAAUGAACCUGAACAUCCGGCUGGAUCAACUGAUAACAAUGAAGAACCUCAAGAACAUAAUGCUGAUUUCUUUAAUCCAGAAAAUAAAUCAUCAACUACUUUACGUGAAAAAUGGGCUAUGGAUACUUUAGAUCAAUUAUUAGAAUAUAUUAUUAAUGGUCCUGGUUCAGUUGGGAUUUUUGACGCUACCAAUUCAACCAAACAAAGAAGAUUAAAAGUUUUAAAAAGAAUUAAUCAAGUUAGUAAUGGAGAAUUAAAAGUAUUAUUCUUAGAAAGUAUUUGUAAUGAUCCAAUGUUAUUACAAAAUAAUAUUCGAUUAAAAUUAUCCGGACCUGAUUAUAAAGAUAUGGAUCCAAAAGUUGCAUUAAAUGAUUUUAUUGGUCGUUUACAAAAUUAUGAAAAAGCUUAUGAAACGAUUGAUGAAAGUGAAGAGAAGUUAGAAGGUUUCCAAUAUGUUAAGAUGAUUGAUGUAGGUAAGAAAGUGGUCAGUUAUAAUAUUCAAGGAUUCUUAGCUUCUCAAACCAUUUACUUCUUAUUGAAUUUCAACCUUUGUGAAAGACAAAUUUGGAUUACUAGACAUGGUGAGAGUAAAGAUAAUUUAACUGGUAGAAUUGGAGGUGAUUCUGCUUUAACCAAACGUGGUGAUAAGUUCUCCAAGACUUUGGCUAGAUUCAUGGAAUUCCAACGUCAAGAAUUUAGAAAACAACAAUUGGAAAGAUUCAGUAGUAGAUUGGAAUUGAAGUAUAAUAAGGAAUUGUUUAAUGAAGAUGAUGAUUUAUCAAGUUUGGAUGACAUUCCAACCGAACCAAACUUCUGUGUUUGGACAUCAAUGUUAACUCGUGCCAUUGAAACAGGUCAAUAUUUCGAUGAACACUUAUUCUCCAUUAAAUCAAUGAGAAUGCUUAAUGAAUUAGGAGGUGGUAAAUUCGAAGGUAUGACUUAUGACCAAAUUCAAUCUAAAUAUCCAAAAGAGUUUGAUGCAAGAUUAAGAAAUAAACUAACUUAUAGAUAUCCAGGUGUAGGUGGUGAAUCUUAUUUAGACGUUUUAACAAGAUUAAGACCAUUAAUAAGUGAAAUUGAAAGAACCACUGAUCAUUUAUUAAUUAUAUCUCAUAGAGUGGUUUUAAGAAUCUUAUUGGCCUACUUUUUAAAUUUGGAUAAAUCAAAUAUUGGAGAAUUGGAUGUUCCAUUACAUACCCUUUAUUGUUUAGAAUCUCAUCCUUAUGGUACUGAUUAUAGAAUGUAUAAUUACGAUGAGCAUUUGGAUUGGUUUGUGUUAAGUCAACCUGAUCAUCAAAAGAAUGUUCAAGAAGUAGGGGUAUUAUUCAAAGAAAGGAAAUAUAGUGUGGUUCCUACAGCACCUCCUAAUAGCCGUAGUGGAGAAGGGUCGAGUAUUAGUGGAAGUAGCGGUGCAAGUGCUGCAGGUUAUCAUCAAUAUACUGAUAAUAGUCAUCGUCGUAAACAAAGUACUCGACAAUCUACUUCAGGAGCUCAAAAGCAAAUCCAAGGUAGAAAGAACAAUCCUAAUCCAGCAUCAGUUGAUAAUGAUAGUUCAUUCAGUGUGAGAAGAAGUUUAAGUUUUGGAAAUCAUGAUGAAGAAGAUCAAGCUAGAUCUAAGAAUAUGCAAGACAUCAGGAAUUUAAGUAUAAACCCACCAUCAUCAAAAUCAUCAUCACAUACGAAAUAAAAUAAAAUAAAAUUAGAAAAAUUAAUGACAUAGCAUAAUGAAUAAUCAACCCUUUUUUUUAGAAACCUACUUAUUUAUUUAAUUAUAUCUUCUUUUAUAUGUUAGCCAUAGAGAAUAUUUAUUUAAAAUAAUAUAUAAUGUGGUAAGGUUAUUGAAU